AUGACCGACGAGGCGAACCCGUAUUUCCCCGUUUCCGUGGAUAAUAUCGUCGAAGGAUUCCAAUUCAUUCACGAGAAUUUCGGUGACACCAAAAAAUGUGUAUUGAAAGAGAGAAAUUUUUCAGGCAUAAAACCGAGUACAAUUUGGUCGAAUGACCCGUUCGGAUACUCGAAUUCAGUGCCGUACUUGUUCAAAAAAUCAGGUGAUAAACGACGUGCUACAGUACUGCAGCCUACAGUAAUCCUGUUUUCAGGCGUGUCGCGUACCGUAAUAAAUCGAAUCCACCACCGUCUCAAACAGACGCUCCAAUCACAGCAGGCGGUCCCGUUCAGAUGGCGUCAGUACUUCGACCCGUCCGGAUCGGAUGAAAUUCUGGCGCACGUGCUACCGUACUCCCACUACGACAUCCUCAAUUCGUGCGGUCCCGGACCCUCCGACUGCUGCGAAUUCGAUUUCAAACGGAUGACCCAGUGGGCGUGUCCCGGACCCGCGCCCGUCAAUAUUUCAAAAAGCAACGUGGCCGAAAAGUUCGUUUUUUUAGUCUGUUACGAAAAUUACAUUAAACAGUGUAUUUUCAGAGCCAAUACACUUCUAAAUCAGCUGGAACAAAUGGCUGAAAUGUACAAGGCGCCCGUGAUUUUAAUGAUGCAUGGAGACGAUUUUCGGUAACUAAACAAUGUUUUCAAAAACUAUUUUAGGCCUAAAAAGUGGGUUCUUUCAGGUUUGACAUGCUCCAGGAGUGGUACCAACAUCACGACAAUUUUUUGCCGCUUUUUGACGAAAUUAACAAAGGGAACAGAGCGGAAAUUAGGUACGUGUGGUUGUCUACACUUUUGUUCCAUUUCUGUAUGUUUUUUUUCCGUUUCAGAUUCGGUACAUUCAACGAUUAUUUCAACGAGCUCGAAAAGUGGCAUUCGGAAAACGAAAAAGUGGAAGAGACGCGUCCGCCCACGCUUUCCGGCGAUUUUUUCCCGUACAUGUGUGCGCUCGGCGACUAUUGGACUGGAUAUUUCACGACGCGACCGUUUUUCAAGAGACAGGGACGACUUCUUCAUGUACGCUUUUUUUUUGGCGGGUAUAAAAUAGGUUGGAUUCUCUUGAAGAAAAUAGCUGAAAUUAAGUGAAAAAAUGGGAAAUAACGCUAGUAGCGACUACUUUUGAUAAUUUAGUCGCUGCUUUUGAUAAUUUAGUCGCUGCUUUUGAUAAUUUAGUCGCUGCUUUUGAUAAUUUUAGUCGCUGCUUUGGAUAACUUAGGCGCUGCUUUGGAUAACUUAGGCGCUGCUUUGGAUAACUUAGGCGCUGCUUUUGACUUUUAAAAAAAUGUUUUUUAGUCCCUCAUCCGUUCUGCCGACAUAAUGCUCUCAAUGCUACGUGGAAAUCUGAAACAACGAAAAAUCGACACAAAAAUUGGAUUAUUGGAGGCGGCGAGAAGAAAUUUGUCACUUUUCCAGCAUCACGACGCUAUCACAGGUUUGGGGAGGAUUUAUAAAGAGGUUUUCAAGAUUAUUUUCACUUAAAAAAAAACCAUAGACGCAAGUCUCGAAAACUCUCGAAAAACGGUGAAAAAGCUUGUUUAACAAAAGCUUCUGAAACUGUAACAAAAAUGUUCAGGAACUUCAAAAGUGAGCGUAAUGGACAAUUAUUCCGAACUCUUACAUUCUUCGAUAAUUUCCACAAAAACUGUUAUUGAGGAACUCGGAAAAGGCGAAUUGGUGACUUCAAAUUUUGUGUUAAUUGUUAGUGCAAAUUUGUUUUUGAUUUUAGGACAUUUACCCUCGAAUCCAUGACGGUGUGGAAAUCCAACAACUAUUAGACUUCCAGAAAAAUUCUCAGGAAAAAAUGAUCAAAAUUUUUAAUAGUCUUCUUUUUUCGACAACGGAUCUCCACGGAAUUCGGGUCAAUCAUCCGGAACUUCAAUUAUCGAUUGAUGGAAAAAUGCUGGAAACUCAGCUGGAACCCUAUUUUAUCAAAGGAAAAUUGGAGAAGGACUCGUUUUUGGUAAUCGAUUUUUGUUUCGACAGAUCAACUUUUUUCAGCUUUUUUUCCGAGCUACCGUACCUCCGAUGAGCAUGAUAAAGGUGAAAAUUGUCAAAGGAAACUCUGAAGAGACAAUGAAAAGCGCGAAAAUUGAGGCGAAAGGAGAUUGGCAGCUUGGAGAGUGAGUCUUAGAGCAAUUGGCAUAAAAUUGCAUAAAAUUGGCUAUCGAACGGCAAAAAGAGACAACUCCGACAAAAAAAAAAUUAAAUCUGCCGUAAACCCGGAUUUCAGAAUGUGGUCCAUCUCCCCAUCCUCCUCAUUAUCCUCUGAACUUUGCCUCGAAUCUCCUUUCCUCAAAACUCAUCACAAUCCAACUUCAGGCUCACUUCAGGUACAUUAAUGCCACAAAAACUACCACAAUCGAACAUUUUUGUACAGAAUGUCACACUUUUGAGUUCCAAAACGACAUUUACCGCCGAACAGACGUGGCACAAGUACCGAGACGCCGCCGGUGGAGCGUAUCUGAUGAAAUUGCACACGAAUCCGAAAGUGAGUCCGAACAGCCCGAAAACGGAAUUUCUGAAAGAUCUUUCAGGAAAUGGUCGAUUUUAAAUGGCUUAAAGUGAGCGGACCGUUACGAGAAACCAUCUAUCAGGCAACGGAUACCGUAUUCCAGAGGACAAGUGUCAAAAAUGUGGAAGGUGCGAAGAGAAACAAUGUGUCGGCCGAAAAACCGGCGUAAUUUCGGGGCGUCGUACGAGAAAGCCGAUUUUUAGGCCCGGCCGGCGAAGAAUUGGACAUUUCGAUGUCGAUCGAUAUUUCGAAAGAACGAAACACGGAAUUGAUGACGAGAAUUGCGACGAAUUGGGAGGCGCCGAACACUUUUACGGACAGUAUCGGACUGCAAUUACUGAAAAGGGACUUUUAUAAAUUGCCCGUACAAAACAAUUAUUAUCCGAUGCCGACUGGAGCCGUUUUGGAAAAAAAUGGAAAAAGGUGCGGUCUCUGGUCUCUGUGAGAAUACUGACAAUGCACAAAGGACUCUAAAAAGAAAAAUUUGUUCGAAAAACAAAUUUCCAGAUUGUCAAUAUUAUCAAACGUGGAGCAUGGAGCCCGUUUCAUGGAGCACGGCACCGUCGAAAUAAAUAUCGAUCGAAUUCUGAAUCAGGACGACGGAAAGGGUCUCGGACAGGGCGCCGACGCGAUUCCGAUCGAUUUGAAGCCAGUGGACAUGAGGUUCAAAUUAAUUUUUGAUGAAAAUGUAAGAGCGGACAAUUCGCACUAUUCGGUGCACAGUUCGCGUGCUCAACAAGCAUUGCAACGUGUCAUUUACCCGCCAAUUCUGCUAAAUUCCGAGAAGAUUCCAAAAAUGGAGGAUAUCGAAGAAAUUGAGGAGAACUCGAAAUUGGCGUUUCCCUGUGAUCUACAACUGCUGACGGUUCGGCCGUUGAGCGAUAAUCGACAAUUAUUGAUUUUUUAUCGACACGCCACAACUUGUACGGAUCGGGGAACGGACAAUUGUGGAGCCGAGUUAAAGGUUUGAAAAGCGAAUUGAAAAGCAGCGACUAAAAAUGUUCUAUUUUAGUCGCUGCUUUCAAUAAUCUUAAACAAGGCAGACGUUUCUAGAAGAAUUUCCAGAAUUUGCUCAACCUAAAAAUGCAAUGAAUUUCCAGAAAUCCCUGUUCAAUCUGCUAUUGAAACUGGGCGCCCGACGGGUACAACGGACCGAUUUGAGCGGCGUCACCGCCAUUGGUAACGUGGAAAGCGUGGAACAUUUACCGGACUUCGACCUCAAAACUUUUGAUUUUUUGACGUUAGUAUUAUAUCGAUGA